AGGCAUCCAACCCACGCGCAAUGGGCGGGGCUCCCCGCGUGGCUUCCGUUCCCGUUGUGUGAGAGGCCGAGUCCCAAACGGCCUCAGCGCCGCUGCUGCCGCCGGGUCUGGUCCGGGACCGGGGGCCGAGCCGGGGCCUGCCCGUUGCCUGCCGCCGCCCCGAGAGCCGAGCCGAGCCUUCCCCGCUCCCCGACACGCAGGGGGCCGUGCCGUUCCGUGCCUCCUGCGCUCCCCGUCCCAGGGCCGCGCUGAGCCUCCCCCCGGCCCGCUCCGCCUCCCCGCUCGCUGCAGCCGGGCACCCCCGCAGCCUCCCCGGGCCAGGCCCGCGGCCCCCCCGGCCCAGCCAUGUCGCUGCACGGGAAGCGGAAGGAGAUCUACAAAUAUGAGGCGCCCUGGACCGUGUACGCCAUGAACUGGAGCGUCCGGCCCGACAAGCGGUUCCGCCUGGCGCUGGGGAGCUUCGUAGAGGAGUACAACAACAAGGUGCAGCUUGUUGGUUUGGAUGAAGAGAGCUCAGAAUUCAUUUGUAGGAACACCUUUGAUCAUCCCUACCCCACCACAAAGCUGAUGUGGAUCCCAGACACCAAGGGAGUUUACCCAGACCUGUUGGCCACCAGUGGUGACUACCUUCGAGUGUGGAGGGUGGGUGAAACUGAGACCCGUCUGGAGUGUUUGCUGAACAACAACAAGAACUCGGAUUUCUGUGCUCCGUUGACAUCAUUUGACUGGAAUGAAGUGGAUCCUUACCUGUUAGGUACCUCUAGUAUUGACACAACCUGCACUAUUUGGGGUCUGGAGACAGGACAGGUUCUGGGAAGAGUAAAUUUGGUGUCUGGCCACGUGAAGACCCAGCUUAUUGCACAUGACAAAGAGGUGUACGACAUCGCCUUCAGCCGCGCCGGCGGCGGCAGGGACAUGUUCGCCUCGGUGGGCGCCGACGGCUCGGUCAGGAUGUUCGACCUGCGCCACCUGGAGCACAGCACCAUCAUCUACGAGGACCCCCAGCACCACCCGCUGCUGCGGCUCUGCUGGAACAAGCAGGACCCAAACUACCUGGCCACGAUGGCCAUGGACGGCAUGGAGGUUGUGAUUCUGGAUGUCAGAGUUCCCUGCACCCCUGUUGCCAGGUUAAACAACCACAGAGCGUGUGUAAAUGGAAUUGCCUGGGCACCUCACUCUUCCUGUCACAUCUGUACAGCAGCGGAUGAUCACCAGGCUCUCAUCUGGGACAUCCAGCAAAUGCCUCGUGCCAUUGAGGACCCCAUCCUGGCCUACACAGCUGAGGGAGAGAUCAACAAUGUACAGUGGGCGUCCACCCAGCCAGACUGGAUAGCCAUCUGCUACAACAACUGCCUGGAGAUCCUCAGAGUCUAACUUUGCUGCUUCAUGCACAGUGAGGCAGGCUGUGUCAUUCCCCCUCCCCUCUAAAGUAAGAACACCACCAGUCAAGUGGCCAGUAUCUAUUGUUGCUUUGCAUCUACUGUUACAAGAAACUUCUACAAGAAUCGAUGGCAGGGGUCUCCUGUCUCUCAAGACUCUAAAAUGCAGAGACGUGCUGAGCCUCUUGGACCUUCUGGGUUCUGGUUUUCUUGUGAAAUUCUUUUUCCCUCAGUAAAAGUUCUGUAUAUUUGUUUGUUGACUGUAUUAAUAAGCUUGCAGGCUUUUAAGUUGCUGCAUAUGUCCAUGUGUUUGUCAGCCAGCUGAGGCAGUACAUCCACCAGUUUAAUAGAUGCAGGUGCAAAAACAAGGUGGGGGGAAAAAGACAAUGGUGUUAAUGGCCACCUUGGCAGGAAUCUUUGUCAUUCCUGUUGUUGCUGCCUCUGAACUGUUUAAACGUUUGUAUGUUUUUUAUAUAUUGGGCUAACUUUCUAUUGAGUAAGGUUUUUCUCCCUAAUUCUUACUUUUGAUAUGUGAUCCACUUCCAUAUGUCCAAAGCAGGACCUGUUCAUGGAUACAAAUCACAGUAACUCUGCAGGCUCCCUGGCAGUAAAGGCCUGCCAGAAUUAACUGUUGCCUUGGCUCCCUGUAUCUGGUGACCUGGGCAGAAUUUUCUGGUGCUGUGAAGUACAAGUACUUGUUGCACAAUUUCUUUACACUUUUGUGAUGCUCAAGGCAGUUGUUACUAUGGUAGGUCUUAUUUUUAAAUUCUAACUGAGUUUGUGUAUCCUGCAGUCGUGUUAGCUAACAGAGCGGUGAUAGUUUGAGAAGGAAGAUCCAUGCAUGACAUGAGCUCCCAGGAGGUAAGCAACUCCUGAAAAAAUGUAUUUGUAAUGGACUUGGGACUGACACUUCCAACCAAAUGAUUUCCCCUCAGAAGACUUACCUUACCUAAAUCAAAAUAAAAUCAUUGCACACUUUGUAGCUUGCUUGAUUGGCAAAUAAUACGAGCAAGAUUUUGUGGUUGGGCUGUACUUUGGAGGCUUUGUUUGGCCUGUGUUCCUGGGAGGUCCUGAAGGGAGUGCAAGCAAUCUUUUUGUGAAGUAUUUGCGUUGUACUCCCAGGUCUUGUUGAAUGGACAAGUCAGAAAAGCUGGUUCUGCUAUCCAAAAGAAAGCUGUUUCUUUGACAGAAAUUACUCCCUAAUGUGAUUCACAAAGGUGGAUUUAGAAGGAAAGAAACUGUGCCAUUGAGGCCAAGGCUUGGCGUUUGUCAUCCUCUUGCCUUUGGGGGAUGUGCCAGAGGGCCUCAGUUUGGAAUAGUGGAUCACUCUACCAUAAUACUGUUCAAUGAAAUCUGAGUGGAUUAGGCAAGAUAAAAAUCUUUGUUGAAGUCUUACUGUAACACAGGUCCUGUGCUGAAGCUCUGCAGUGCUCCCUGAUGAAGACAUGACAGCCAGAGCUGGUCUGGACGGGUGUGCAGCCCAGUUUCCAUGUGAAUGUCAGAAACCAUCAAAAUUCUGUCAACCUAAUGAGUAUUCACCUGCAGCUGGAGGUAGAUUAUAAAUAGGACACUGGCAAACUCCCAUCUUGUCAGUUAAUGCAGGAAAGGCAAGUUGGGAAAGCAAUUGCUGUGGAACAGUGAAGCUGACACUGAAAACACUGUCAAAUACAGAACAAAAUCUGCAGUGUUGUCAUUUUGGAUGUAGAGAAAUACUCUUCUGCAGGCUGCUUCUCACCGUGGAGCUCAAAAAAGCAUUGCCUCAGGAAUUCGAUAGAAAUUCGUUAGGGACAGCUGUAUUCCAUCACUCCUUUUGAUAGCAGAGAACCAAGAGACUCACACUGUUCAAGCUGAUGUUUUGUCAGUGACACUGUGUUCAGUUGUGGGGUUUCUGACAACGCUUGAUUUGACUUGGAAAUCAAUUUUUCUUGUUAGCAGUAGUACUGAGAGUAGUGUGUUCCACAGACAGGCUUUAGCUAGAUGUCAGAGCAGUGUUAGCCAAACAAUUAGUUAUCACUGUUUACAACAGCACUUUGUCUGAAACUGGAAAAAACUUAGGUAGAAUGAAGUGAAAAUUGGGGUUUUCUUAGCAGGAGCAGCUAAUGGCAUUCACAGCUUUAGGAGUCAUCUGAAACAUGUUCACAGGCUUGUCAUGCUCUGUUUAAUUACAAAUGGCAGGCAAAAUGUGCUGUUACUAAGAGGGAACUACCUGCAAUGUUAUUACUUUCUACAUCCCCUUUUUGCUUCAAAGUUUAUUCUGUACAGAUGGCAUGAGUCAAAGAUGAAUGCUAAGAUGAUGAGAGGAGAGCUUGUAUAAAGGGACUCAUAGUCUGAAUAGCCAGGUAGAUUCUGAUUCUGCUGGGGAGUAAUCCUAUUAGGGACCUGAAGAGGAUCCAGUGUCAGUUCUUCCAUCCAUGAAACUGCUUGAAGUCUAUUUGUGGAAUUGUGUACUUACUCCAAACGCAUCAAAGGCAAGUGAAGGAAUCUUGGACACUCCAAUGGAUUCUAAAUAAAACCUGUAUCCUGUGUUUUUAGCCAGUUGGGAUACCUUCUGGAUCUACAGCAUACUGCUUUGGGCAUAAGCCAUUGUCAUUCUUCACAUGAAAUUACAUUUUAAAUCACCAGAGACUGUUUUGGCACAGGGAAAUGAUACUUAAAAUAACUUCAAAGAUGUCACUUGAAAGGUUAAUGAGUGAAAAGACAUGAAAAUCCUCAUGGGUGAGAUGUUCUGUAGUGCAAAUGGCACUUCUGUAUAGACAAGGAAGGAAAAGACUUGGUGCCCUUUUGCCAGAAGCUGCUGACUCAGUGACAGGGUAGGGAAUGCUCUGCUUGGUGGGUUUCAUCUGCAAGAUAAAACAAACCCUGACACUUGUAGCUAGAGCCUGUGAAUUGAAAUAGACAGUUUACACAUUUCCCCUGCUUGACAUUCAAUUUUGUUUGGUGUGAAGGCCCCAUAAGCAUUAUUUUUCCCUAAAAGUUCAUGAAAAGAAAUACUUUGAUAUUCGGUUAGUGUUAUUUGGUGCUUACUGCACAAGCAGAGGAUGCAGAACAACUGCUUGCAAAUACCUCAUGUUUUUGAGUAGAAAGUAGCAUUAAGGGAGGAGUGAACACAGGUGAGGUGAGCAAAGCAGAAGAGCGUGUGCUGUUGUUGGUACAGGGCAGCCUGAUUCUGGGACAGAAAUACUUCUGAGUGAGGUAGUUCUGUGUCACUGCUCCAGUUGAUUAAUGCAAGAGACUAAACUAUUGUUUGGUUUUUAUGUUCUGUUUAAACCAAGCUUUCCACAGUUUCCUACUAUUAUGUGGGCAGCCUGCUGACUCUGAACCAGGAGAUGUUGACAAUGUAAAACUUGUUAGUGAGGUGAAAACCUGCAGUUAACAAGUUGAAUGUUGAAUUAGUGUGUAGUGUGCCAACUCCAUGGAUUGUCUAAAUGAGGGGGGCUAUGGUAGCUUGCAUCUAUGGGAAUUGUACUUGUGUGUGUAGGGAUUUAAAAGGCAAGGAUUUGAGUGCUUUGACAAUCUAUUUAGAAAGAAAACACAGUGGUUUCAAAUAAUAUGAAAGGAUACUGCUAAAACAGGUUGUUUCUUAGGGAACCUUGAAAUGUGUUUAACGGGGGAGGCAUUGCCUCUCAUAAGUCAAAGUUAAUGAUCCUUUCAAAACUUAGUGGUAAUUACUCUACUGAAUGUUCUGGGUAAUAGUAAAAAGCUCUAUUUUUGCCUCGUGGUGCAAUGAGAAGCUGCCUCAGUCUCAAGUGUAGAUCAUAGCCUGCCAGAUACCAGGUGAGGGGAGGAGUCUGAUGUACAGAAUUCACAGAUGUUCUCGUGCUUGUUGUCAAUGGAAAUGAGGAGCUGAGUGUGUCAGUUUUGUUCUCUUGCAGAUGGCACUUUAACAAGUAUAUUUUUGGUAAGAUUAGGAGGAGAGUCAUCUUUUCCUCGGCCCUUGUAGGGUAGGCAUUUGUCUGUGUUGUGUAGAAAAUGUUAAAUAACAACUGUCACCAAAAUCAUUAACUGGGGACAUAGUGGACCCUCACUUUUCUUACAAAAAGCCAAAAAUAUGAUCACUUGACAAGGCUGUAAAUGUUAAACUGAAGCUUCAUGUUCUGAAACUGUCACUGUCCUGUAAGGCCAACCCAAGGGAUGUAGUGCUGCAUGUGCCCUAAAGAGUCCUUUUUGUUUAGGAACUUAGUGGUGUUUGGGAAUCCUCUUCUUUACCAUCAGAACAUGAUGGUGACAGUACUGGGUUGGUUGUGUAGGAAUGUGCCAGGAUUCUUUGGAUAACUUGAAUUUUGUGAGAGAAAAAGCUGCAGCUGCUGCCUGUAAAUUCGUGCAGCCUGAAACAAUGAACUGGCCAGCUUGUUAGUGGUGUUUUAACUCUUUCCAGACACACUGGAAAGAAUGGGCAGCAGCACAGGCAGGCUCUGGGCUCAGCAGACUGCACAGUUUCAGUCCCAUCAAAGUACUAAAGGGUUGAGUUUUCCCACUGCUCAUAGCAAAGUGAUUCCACCACCUCAAAUGCACGCUGUUAUCCUGACAGGUUACACAAAUUCUCUCUAAAGUGUGUUUCCUGCUUUCUGCUCUCAGACCAAUAUUCCAGAGCAAGCCUGUACUUACUGUUCUGUGGGCACAGAAAGCAAUGAGCAAGGUACUAUCAACUCUGUCCCAGUUUCUCUUGAUCUUUGCAGCGAAUCCAGGGAAUUAAUUGUAUGUGGCACUUAAAGAGCACUUUGUGUUGCAGCUGUACUUCCCCUGCUUACCCAGGAAGAGUCAGAAAUGUUUCAUUCUUGAGGGUACUGAGGAGAGUUUAGGAUGCCCCUGACUCAGUUUGUUUUCUGGAAGAGAUCUCCAGAACUUCCAGUCAGCACCUUUCACCAGCAGUAAAAAGAACAGUAAUUAAAAAUGCAGCUAAAUACCAGUUACUGAAGGCUCAUCUGGUGAUUCAUGGCAGACAGCUGAUGCAAAGGCACUUGUGAGAGUUGCUGCUGCCUGUUUCAGGUGACAAGUAUGUCUGCCAAGGACCUCAGUGGCCUUCCGUGCAGCCUCUGAUACUCAGCAUCAAGCAAGAAUUUUCAUAGUCAUAAAAAAAAUUAAAAUUAUCUCAGUGGCUUCCAUCAAAUUUGUUUCUUUUCAGGAAAUCUAACAAAGUUAAGGAAAAAAAGCUUUUUUCUGACAAAAUAUUGUGGCCAUGUGCAGCUGUAAGCCCGUGGUCCAGCUCCCAUCCCUUGGAGUUUGCUUUCCAUGUGCAACUCCAGCCCCCUCUUAGCGCUGAGCGUGGGUCUGUGGGAUCUUAGCAAGGCAGAAAAGCAAGAACCAGAGCAGGACUGAGUUCCAGUGCAACUGGAAAAAGGUAUGUUGCUUUUUUUGACAAUUUAGGAAAUAGGAGCCUUUUUUAACCCUUGGGUUGCUAGCAGUGUAAAAUGUAAUUUAAAUCCAUUGCGCCAAAGCAUUUUUGUUACCAGUAGCCGAGUAGGAGAUGCUACUUCUAGGUGUGUUUUCCCUUCUGCUCUUCCCAUUCACAGUCCCAUUGUGGUAAUUUCCUGGAGGUGUAAUCUUUGUAGCAUGAUUGUACAAACAUCCAUAUGCGAUUCCCGACUUCUUGUUCUCACUAGAGUAUGUUAAAGCAAUAGUAAUUUUACUUCUGUCCUUUUCUCCACCUGCAACUUCGCUACUAUUCUGUCCUAGAGGAAUCCCAGUAUCCUGCUAUUCAACAGACAUAUAAUGUUGACAUGGAUAACUGCAGUGUCCCUUUAUUCCUUUAUUUUUAUGGAGAAAAUAUAAAAGGGUUUGUUACAAUGGAUUUUAACACCUGAGUCAUGGAACCAUGUUGUUGAAACUCUGUAAAUUUUAAGGCAAUUUUCUGAACUCGCUUGAAAGUGGAAUGUUGCAUCCUUUUAUGCUAUUUCCUGCUUCCUAUGUAGUUUUAUUCAGAUUUUUUAACCUUCUUUCUAAGUUUCGGCCUCCUGUGUAUUAGGUACAGUAUUUUCUGCCUUUCAUACUUUGUAAUAAAAAUGGAACAUUUGUAGAUUGA